AAUGGAUCAAACCAACAUCCAGUUCUGCGAAAUGAAAGAAGAAAAUUUGUUUCAAUGUCGUGUGUGCCUCAAAAAUGUAGAUUCUCCGAAAAUUCUGUCGCUAACAGACAAAAAGAAGUUCUUCCAGAUCACGGGAGUUGAGUUGGAUGAGUUUACGGUAGACUAUUUGUGCAAAAAAUGUUCGCGACAGUUGAUGAUCUCGUAUGAAUUUCGCACGAGAGCGAUCAAAAGUGAUGAAUUACUGCAAAAACAGGUUCCUGAAACGAAAAUUGAUGACUUUGAAGAGCUGCCGGAGGUUAAAAUCGCCCUUUUUGAAGCAGCUGAAGUGCAUGAAGAACCUGAAAAAGAGAAAAAAGUUGAAAAAUUAUUCAUUUGUGAUAUUUGUGACGAACGUUUCGAGCGAUUUCGUCAAAUUUCGGACCACAUAAGGGCACAUCGCAGAGACCUCGGGCGUUAUUGUCGCUUUUGUGAUAAAGUAUUUGAGACGAGAUCCAUUUGUUCAGCUCACGAGAGGAACCAUAUGCUGCGACAAUCCACAAUUCGACCUUGUGUUUGUGAACAUUGCGGCAAAAAUUACACAAAUUUGCGACAAUUGAAGAUGCAUUCACGCACUCAUAACGAAUCCUAUAAAUGUACGAUGGAAGGAUGCACAGAUGCUUUUACGCAAAAACGCGCCUAUUACAGUCAUUUUGCGAAAAAACAUGGAAUUGCGAGGCCCUGUGUGUGCGACGACUGCGGAAAUACUUUUUCCAAUCAUUUGACGCUCAGAAAUCAUCGAAGGCUCUUCCAUGACGAGGGAGUUAAAGUCUUCUGUCCCGAAUGCCCGAACAAAUUUUUGAAUCAAGGGCAGUUGGAUAAUCAUAUUGCUGUUAAACAUCGAGGAGAACGAAAACAUUCGUGCGAAAUUUGUUCUCGAAGUUAUGGAAGGUCGACGCAUCUUAAACGACAUUAUCAUGAUAGUCAUUACGAUCAUUAUUUGGAAUUAGUUAAGACGAAACCGAGAUGGAAAAUAUAAAAUACUCAUCGAAUUUUUGAAAAUUUUGAGUUUUUCAGUCUUUUUGUGAUAGUUUUUGAUAAAGUUGGAAGAAAAUAUUGAUUAUUCGUCAGAAAUUUUAUCUAAAAAUAAAAAAUUAUUGAUUAAAGUUAGUAUUGAAGAAGGCAAAAAGCUUACC